CGAAAAAGCGCUUUGGUGUCACAGCGAUUGCACCCUGCUCGGAUUACUUGCAAAUUUCUUUUUGCUUGCUGCGCUGCCGCUGUGGAACGGUUGUGGCAUCGCUGCGCCGCUUAGUGGAGCCGCACUGCAAAGCGUCUCAAAACCACUGCAUUCUAAGUUGGCGCACGACCGAGCAGCAAGCGACGAUGGCCGCCUACGGCUCCACAAAUUUAACAGUAGAGACGCGGUCGCCGCCGCGGGACCAGCAAAAAAGACCCUCGAUCACGACGCACUCGCCCGGCGCCACCACUAUUGUAUAUGACGAGGAAGCGGCGCCGCCGCCGUCGCCGACGGACCAGGCCGAAGCGAGAGUGAUGCGUCGUUCUCUUGAAGCCAACGUCGUGCUGACCGUGGCCAAGGUCGCCGUCGCGUUCCAGAGCGGCUCCCUCGCCGUAUUGGCGUCGUUGAUAGACAGCGCCCUGGACUUGAUCUCGCAAAUCGUGCUAUUUGCGGCGUCCGCGCGACGAAAAGACCGGGAUGUCGAGUAUCCGGCCGGAAGGGCGCGGCUGGAACCUGUUGGGGUCGUGGUGUGCGCGAUGCUCAUGGGUGUGGGUAGUGUGUAUGUCAUCAUCACCUCUACCGAGCAAUUGACGGACAUCGUCAAGGGCAAGAACGUGCACGUGGCCCUGGAUCGUAUCAAUGGUACCAUUAUGGUCCUCGCGAUCGUCUGGAAAGCAUUACUCUAUGCCUGGAUUUCAAAAAGGCAUAGUGCGCUGUCCGCCUCAAAUCCGGGCGUCGCCGCCGUCGCUCUGGAUCAUUUCAACGACGUCCUGUCCAAUUUAGUCGCGGUGAUCGCCGCGGUACUAGCGGCCUGGUACGGCCUCGACGCCGCGGAUCCAGCAGGAGCCAUCGCCAUCUCGUUGUACAUCGCCUACUCGUGGCUCGAAACCAGCAUCGAGCAGGUGCAGCAUCUGGUGGGCCGGACGGCCGAUCCCGAAUUCCUCGAAGAAUUACGGGAAGCGGCCUCGACGUACUCCGAGAGGAUGCAGUGCGACAUCGUGAGAGCGUACCACUUCGGGCCGCGCUACCUCGUGGAGCUGGAGAUGGUCAUGGAGUCUUCUACGCCUUUACGCGUGUCGCACGAUUUGGCUUUGGACCUCCAGCAAAAGAUCGAGGCCUUCGACGACGUGGAACGGUGCUUCGUCCACGUCGACUACGACUUCCGGGACGUCGACGAGCACGACCCGGCGUCGUGGUCUCCCAAAAUCAAUGCAGACAGGAAAGUGCCUAACUUAGUUUAACAGUUUUAC